CUGGCCAGGUCACAUGAAUCUGGGUGAUGGAGGUUCGAUCUUCAUAACAAGUUUGUCUUCGCCGAUAUUUAGCCGUUUCAAACUAUGGCCGGUUACGAGAGCUUCACAGAUAUUGCCACAGACAAGGGCGUGGAAGAUCCAAAUCUUUCCUCAGCCAUUGUUAUGCCAUUUGGAUUGUUAUCAGUUGAGAGUGAAGAAGUUAGGAAACAGAAAGUCAACUGGCAGACUUAUGUUCAGAGCCAAAUGAUAAACCCGGAGGAUUAUGAAAUGAUUGCUGACUAUGACUGCAUGGGAGUUGAAGAAAGAGGAAAAAUUCUGGAGGAGAAGGGAGAUCAGUUUGCCAAGAGCUGUUUGUCAUUGCUUGCUCGACUGUCACGGGACAAGACAAUCAGAUAUAUACUUGUCCUAAUUGAUGAUAUGCUGACUGAGGAAAGAAGUAGAGCAUCUAUAUUUCAUGAAUUUGGUGAAAGGGCAAAUGUCAAUGUGUGGGCUUCAUUUCUGAAAUUUCUCAACAGGGAGGAUCAAUUCAUUGUUCAUCAGACAGGUAUUAUUAUAGCUAAGUUGGCUUCCUGGGGAAAAGUUUUGUUGCCAGAUUCUGACCUAAAUUACUUCCUGUCUUGGAUGAAAAAUGGCCUGGCAUCAGCAGGAAAUGGGUACCAUCAUAGUGUAGCUCAGUGUCUUCAGCUGAUGUUGAGACAUCUGUUGUGUCUGCUCUUGUGGCCCCUAAUAUUGGUUUCCAGCUUCAGUACCAGCUCAUUUUUGUUCUCUGGCUGUUGUCGUUUGAUCCAAGGAUUGUGGAGCGUAUGAUUGGAAAUAGUGCUGUUAUUCGUGUGCUGGCCGACAUUUUGAGAGAAUCAGGCAAAGAGAAAGUGACACGGAUUAUUAUUGCUGCGCUAAGGAAUUUGUUGGAGAAACCAGAGGAGAAGAAGAACGAAGCAGCAUUGUCCAUGAUUCAAUGCAAGCUUCUUCCUGUUCUUUCAGUGUUGAAUGGCAAAACUUGGGUCGAUGAAGACAUAAAGGAAGAUGUGGAGUUUGUGUAUGAAAAACUAAAUGAACGUGUACAAGAUUUGAGUACCUUUGAUGAAUACGCUGCUGAAGUUAGAUCAGGGAGACUGGAGUGGAGUCCAGUACACAAAUCUGAGAAGUUCUGGAGAGAAAACGCUCAACGUCUAAACGAAAAGAACUACGAACUGUUGAAAAUCCUGACUAAGUUAUUGGAGAAGUCCGCUGAUCCGACUAUUUUAGCAGUGGCGGCUCACGAUACUGGAGAGUACGUCCGGCAUUACCCACGUGGAAAACACGUACUGGAGAAUCUUGGGUGUAAAGUGAUGGUGAUGAAGAUGAUGACCCAUAAUGACCCUAAUGUUCGCAAGGAAGCUCUACUUGCUGUACAGAAACUCAUGGUUCACAACUGGGAGUAUCUCGGAAAGCAGUUGAAGGCUUCCUAAAGAAAAUAAUUUAAAUAAGUAUGCAGCUGAAAAAGGAGACAAGUAUUGUGAAUUUUAUCUGAAUAUUGUCAAUUGAGUUGUAGCGGGACUAAUUUUAGAGUCUCCUUCUUGGAAAAAAGUCACAAUGAGCCGAUAGAGGCCGAAGAAAUACUCGUCAAAGCUGCGAACUGUUGAUGAUUGACGAGUUAUUAUCGAUUGACUUCACUUUGCUCUUAGCUCAGUUCAUCGACUCUGAGUGUAUGCGAGGGUGAAACCUCUUUGAUUUGGCAGACCUGGUGUCUGUUUUAAAGAUGUACGAAUAACCUAUGAAUAUUGAAUAUGAACGAAUGCAAUAUAAUAAACGUUUCUUUUGGAUUUUACAAA